UUUAUUGUAUUUAAUUUCUAGUUAAAGAAAGACAUAGACUUCUCAACUAAAUUAAAAAGACAAGAGUUGUAUAAUUUGUAUCCUGGAGCUGAUCCAACUGCUUUGGAUGAAAUAUUUGAGUCUAACAACUACUCUAUAGCGAAUAGUAUAAAGGCAUUGGGUGAAGAACUGGGAGAACAGAAGAUGGUGAUACAAGAAAGUGUAAUGGUAAACUACAAGAAACCUGUUGCACCUGCCCAGAAACAGGAAAAUAUCUUCAAUGAUUUCGUUAAUUCUGAUUGGAAAAAAUGGGUACAGUAUACGAAUUCUGAUUCCAGUAAAGAAGGAAUAAUUCCAUCUGCACCAACAAUUUCAUCAGAAGCUCUAGAACUGAGGCAACUUGCCACAGAUCAUUUCAAUCAACGUCAGUACUUCAUACAGAAAGCAAAAGAUGCUUUCCACAGAGGAAUGUCGGAAGUUGCUUCUUUUUAUUCUCAAAGGGGUAGUGAACAUCAACAAAAAUUCAAAGAGAUAAAUAAAAUGGCUUCCAAAUUAAUUUCUGAGCAGAGGAAUGAUUCUUUAUCUGCACGUGUUCUUGAUUUGCAUGGAUUGUACGUACAGGAAGCAAUACCUCUUCUUGAUAAAUUCAUUCGUAAUUGGAAACAAGCAAUGCAAAGUCCACAGCAAGCAAUUCCUCAAUCUAUUUCUGUUAUAACUGGUCAAGGAUUGCACAGCGAAAGAGGGGCAAAAUUGAGACCAUCUGUUAUGGAGUUCUUGAAAAAGACUGGUUUGGG